AUGGAUGCAUCCGAGCAUCCUUACAGUACUGCCCUAGUCCCGUCAAAGUCCACAGAAAGACCUUUCCAGUCGAGAACAGAAGCUUUCCAAAGCACAUUGCCUGUUUUGGCGGCGUUCCCGGUGCUUAUUAUCACGGGCCGGCUUGUGGUGGCCCACGAGGCGCCACAUACGACUUCUUGCUGGUUUCUACGUGUUUUGGUGCUGAUUUUCCAGGCGCUUUUCUUUCUGGCUUGUGGAGGCCUUUUGGUCAAUCUGGAGGCGCUGUCUGCCCAUAAGAGCCGGUCUUCCAAAACGCUUUGGGUUGCUUUGGCGGCAAUUGCGUCGUUUUUCGCCGCGUCAGCGGUGCUUCCAGCAUCCAGAACGGCCACUUUGUACUUGGGGUUGUACUUUUCGUUUUACACGCCAUACACGGCGUUGGCGUUCGUUUACGACGCGUGGAGCGGUACUGCCGUGUCGACAGUUGUGGGCUACGCCAUUUUGAUUGGUUCUUUUGUGCUUCUCCGCAAGUCUUUGCUCAGACACUUUAAUCCUUUUGCGAAGCACUAUGCGGUACUUUUCGGUGCUGCUGCGGCCACUGGAGUGUCCGUUUUGGUGCUCUACGGCACCCAGCUUAACUACUUGUUUUUAUUGAUGAACUUGGCCGCCGGCGGCUUGCUUUUGGUGCUGCUUCCAGAGGCCAAGUUGCGUUCUCCUACUAAUAUGGUGGUUGUGUCCGUUUUCACCUACUCCUUGGAGACAUUUGUACUUAGAACGAGCCCUUUUGGUGUUCUUGACGCCAUCGUGUCGGUGGUGCUUCCAUUGGGUAUUAAAGUCGAUCUUCUGGAGGAAUUCACCGCUCUUCCUUCAGAUACUCCUACAGCUCAACCACACAUUGUCACGGAGAUUCUCAGCCACUCAGACACCCGUGCCAUUUUCAACUUCCUCCUCCUCAACACGGCCUUCAUGUUUGUGCAGCUUUUGUACUCGUUCAGAUCGAAGUCGUUGGGUCUUUUGAGUGACUCUCUCCAUAUGGCGCUUGAUUGUGCUUCUUUGGCCUUGGGCUUGAUAGCCGGAGUGCUCUCAAAGAACCCCGUGAACGCCAACGGCCUUUAUCCAUUUGGACUUCAAAAUUUCGAGAUUUUGGCCGGUUUCACCAACGGCGUUUUACUCAUGGGAAUCAGUGGAAGUAUCAUCUUCGAAGCCAUUGGCAGACUCUUCCACCCUGUGGCGCUCCAGCAAACCACAGAACUUAUCAUCGUCUCUAUUCUUGGCCUUUUGGUGAACAUCGUGGGUAUUUUUGCCUUCAACCACGGUCACAGUCAUGGAGGACAUUCCCAUGAUCACGGACAUUCUCAUGGACACUCUCAUUCACAUUCCCAUAGUCACGGCCACAGCCAUGCAGAAGCAGACGACGAACAGGAGGUCAAUGACAACAUGAGAGGAAUUUUUCUUCACAUUCUUGCCGAUACCUUGGGAUCCGUUGGAGUGGUGAUUUCGACAAUUCUCACUACACUCUUUAAAUGGCAAGGUUUCGACCCUGUGGCGUCGAUCAUCAUUGCUGUAUUGAUCUUUUCAACAGCUGUGCCACUCAUCAAAUCCACAGGCUCAUCACUCUUACUUCAGCUUGGCGAAAAGAAGGAACAAACAGUCAGAAAUGCUUUGAACGACAUCACCACCAUCAAGGGCAUAAAGUCGUUCACUUCUGUUCGUUUCUGGCCAUCCCACUCAAAACAGAUCAAAGGUUAUAUCCACAUACAGGUCUACAGGGGAGAAAGCAAAACUCUGCUUAAAAAGCAGUGUCAGGAAGUUUUUGCCAAAUACAAGAUUGACGUUGGCUUACAGAUGGAAAACGACUACGACCUGUGCUGGUGUCGCUAG